GAAAUUCUUCGUAUAACUAACGGAUGAAGUGAUAAAAAUUGAGCCCAAAAUCUAUUGUCGACAAGUUUUCUUCAAAUCAUAGAUACAUUUGGAUGAAAAGGUCGUUUCAUUGCUUACAUAAGACAUGAAUACCAAAUCCAAAAUUCUUAUGUCCACCGACUCUGAGGGCUACGACGAGAUUGUGGCCAAAGAAGACCCACAACGAGAGGCUGUUGUGCUCAGACUGAAGAAGGUUUUCAAAGAACUAUUGGAGACCAUCGGCGAAGACACCGAAAGACAAGGACUUAAGAGGACUCCUGAACGGGCGGCCAAAGCGCUCUGGUAUUUCACUCAUGGAUAUCACGUUCAUCUCAAUGACAUGAAUACCAAAUCCAAAAUUCUUAUGUCCACCGACUCUGAGGGCUACGACGAGAUUGUGGCCAAAGAAGAUCCACAACGAGAGGCUGUUGUGCUCAGACUGAAGAAGGUUUUCAAAGAACUAUUGGAGACCAUCGGCGAAGACACCGAAAGACAAGGACUUAAGAGGACUCCUGAACGGGCGGCCAAAGCGCUCUGGUAUUUCACUCAUGGAUAUCACGUUCAUCUCAAUGAUCUGCUAAAUGACGCCAUUUUCAAUGAAGAUCACGACGAGAUGGUUAUCGUUAAAGACAUUGAAAUGCAUUCAUUAUGUGAACAUCAUUUGGUCCCUAUAUAUGGUCACGUAAAUCUGCUAAAUGACGCCAUUUUCAAUGAAGAUCACGACGAGAUGGUUAUCGUUAAAGACAUUGAAAUGCAUUCAUUAUGUGAACAUCAUUUGGUCCCUAUAUAUGGUCGCGUGUCAAUCGGAUAUUUGCCUAACAAGAAGGUGUUGGGUGUGAGUAAGUUGGCCAGGGUGGUCGAAAUGUUCAGUCGAAGACUCCAAGUUCAGGAGCGGAUGACUAAACAGAUAGCCGUUUGCAUUACUGAAGCCAUACAACCGGCCGGAGUGGGAGUUGUUAUCGAAGCGACCCACAUGUGUAUGACUACGAGAGGGGUUCAGAAGACUAACAGCAAGACCAUCACGAGUGCAAUGCUCGGUGUGUUUCGCGAGGACUCCAAAACCAGAGAGGAAUUCCUUUCAUUGAUUAGACACUAAGUCCUGUACUUAUGGUUUCAUUUCGAGAAUCAAAUGUUGGAAAUAAUUAAAACGAUUCAUUUUCAC